CCCGGCAUCCUUUGCCAGCUCUGCUUUGACAACGAGCCAAUCCGCGUCAUGGCAGCCCGGCACGUGACGUAGAGCAAGUUCCUGCUGUGGCUUGAGGGAAACAGGUCGACAUUCACCCACGGGAGAAUCGCACUUUGCGGCCUGUGGAAGUCUCUUCCCUGAGCGAUGGCCUCACCAGUCUCCAUGCCCAACUCCAACGCCUUAGACGCACACAUCCCCACUACUCCUAGAGACAUUAAGGACAUGGAGUUAUUGUCAGAUGUGUGUCUGCUGGCAGGCGAGGACAGAAUUAUAGAUAAAGACAUCAUCUACAUCUGCCCAUUCAAUGGAGCUGUCAAAGGCAAAGUUUUGAUCACCAACUACAGACUCUACUUCAAGAGCUCAGACCCUGAUGUGUCUGUAACAUUGGAUGUUCCCUUGGGCGCCAUCAGCCGGGUAGAGAAGAUGGGUGGCGCCUCAAGCAGAGGAGAAAACUCCUAUGGCCUGGACAUCACCUGCAAGGACAUGAGGAACCUGAGAUUUGCCUUGAAGCAGGAGGGCCACAGCAGACGGGAUAUUUUUGAGAUCCUCUUCAGAUAUGCCUUUCCACUCUCCCAUGGUAUGCAACUCUUUGCAUAUUUGACUCAGGAGAAGCAUGAGGAGAAUGGCUGGAGUGUGUACAAACCCAUAGAGGAGUUCAGACGGCAGGGCUUACCCAAUAACAAAUGGCGCAUUACGUUCAUCAAUAAGGGCUAUGAUCUGUGUGAUACCUACCCCACUGUCCUGGCUGUGCCCUACAAAAGUAAAGAGGAGGACCUCAAACGAGUGGCUGCCUUCAGGUCCCGAGCUCGCAUCCCGGUUCUGUCCUGGAUUCACAGGGAGAACCAGGCAGUGAUCGUCCGCUGCAGCCAGCCUCUUGUAGGAAUGUCUGGCAAAAGAAACAAAGAUGACGAGCGCUACCUGGACCUCAUCAGGGAGGCGAACGACACCCCCAAGCUCACUAUAUAUGAUGCCAGGCCCAACGUCAACGCAGUGGCCAACAAGGCCACUGGAGGAGGCUAUGAGGGUGAUGAAUACCAAAAUGCGGAGCUCAUCUUCUUGGACAUACAGAAUAUUCAUGUCAUGAGGGAAUCUCUGAAGAAACUCAAGGACAUCGUCUACCCAAACGUUGAGGAUUCACACUGGCUGUCUAGUCUAGAGUCCACGCACUGGCUAGAGCACAUCAAGCUGGUGUUGUCAGGAGCCAUUCAAGUAGCAGACAAGGUUACCAGCGGGAAUUCAGUGGUGGUUCACUGCAGUGACGGCUGGGACCGAACCGCUCAGCUCACCUCCCUGGCCAUGCUGAUGCUGGACAGCCACUACCGCACACUCCGAGGAUUCCAGGUUCUGAUUGAGAAGGAAUGGAUCAGCUUUGGCCACAAGUUUGCUUCAAGGAUAGGUCACGGGGACAAGAACCAUGCAGAUCAGGACAGAUCGCCCAUCUUUGUUCAGUUCAUUGACUGUGUUUGGCAGAUGACUAAGCAGUUUCCUACAGCCUUCGAGUUUAAUGAGCGGCUUCUGCUGACAAUCCUGGAUCAUCUGUACAGCUGUCGCUUUGGGACUUUCCUGUACAACUGUGAGAGUGCACGUGACCAGCACGAGGUGAGACUAAAGACGGUGUCUCUGUGGUCGCUGGUCAACAGUAAGAUAGACAUGUACUUAAACCCAUUCUACACGCCUGAGUCUGGGAGGGUCCUCUACCCUGUGGCCAGCAUGCGUCACCUAGAGCUGUGGGUAACCUACUACAUCCGCUGGAACCCACGCAUACGACAACAGCAACAGAGCCCGGUGGAGCAACGCUACAAGGAGCUGUUGGCGCUCAGAGAUGAGUACUUGAAGAAGCUGGAGGAGCUACAGCUGUCUGACUCCCCUUCCUCCCACCUGGCUAACAGCUCCACCCCUAACACCUCCUCCUCCACCGCCUCCACACCACCACAGCAAUACACACGCCUACACACUCCCUUCUGAGGGCCCAUGCUCUCUCACUGACACAUUCGUUGACUUGCACUUACGUCCUCGUCCCUCUGAGUUCAGGCAGUCUGACGCACAUGCAGGGAAUUAGUUAGUGUUGUGCAAUCCUAACUGUGGAUAACAGGAAUGCUAAUAAGACUUAGAUUCGGUGGUUAACUCUAACAUCAUAGUGGUGAUGAUGAUGAUAAUUUAUGCAAUAUGUCACAGUACAGCCUUGUAACGACUUUUUUUUAUAUACCCACUCUUGCAUACAGUGAAGCCUUAAAGCCAGUCAGUGGCUUUCAGUCCAAGGGCUUGAAUACACAGGACAUGCAGCAUUUGUGUACUGGCGCUGACAGCGGCUGUUUUCACAUUUCUCCCCUCAGCCAUUUGAACGAACGUGUUGUUUUUGAUGUGGAACGCUCCAUUGGCUCGUGCACAGCAAACUGUCAGUCAUAGCUAGCUUUACAUCAUCACGCCAGAUCACCCCUUGUUCCCCACCUGUUAAUAAUCCUUUGGUGCUUAUGUCCGCUUCUGUUUGGUGCUGGACGCUGUAAACUGGGAAACACCCACCAACACCUGCUGUUUUGGAGAUGUUGACCUAACAGUACCAGCACCACAGUUAUUUUUUGCACUAUUUUUCUUGCUUUCAACAAAACUUAAGAAAAAAAUACAUAGUGUGGUUUGUUAAACGAGCUGCCAGCGGUUUUAAUGUUUAAUUAAUUUAAUUAAUUCAAUUAAUUGUGUGUGUUUUGUCCUUUAGAGCCUUUUAAGAGGUGCUGAACCAUUCAGGGGUUUUUUUUUGGCUGAAAUGCAAACACACACUUUCUACUAAAUUGUAAUCCUGUCACACACAUCAACUGCAGGCUGAUACAGUGGCCAAGGUUAAUUAGUCCCACUGUACUAAAAUGUUUGUACUUGUGAGACUCAAGACCCUGGUGGAAUAAAACUGACAAGCAAAACCACACAGUUCCACACAUCAGAAUACUGGAUUACUGUGCCGACCUAUUACAGCCAAUGUCUCCCCACACAACUGCUGAUGUCCUGUGUUUAACCAAUCAAGACGUUGUACAACUCACCUUUUUCCACUUCUUCCUACCUGCUGCGCUGCUGUGGAGUGUUGCCCUCUCCACUGGGGACUCCAGUGCUCCUGCUGCAUAGCUGAUGCAGCCCAGUGUGAGGCUGGAAGCUUGUACAGUGUGUGUUUGUGUCGGAUUCGGAUGGAUUGGUUGUUGAGUUGUUGUUGCUGAUAAUCGCUGAUGAAAGCGAUCACUGUCUCUGUCGCGUACAGUACUGUUUGCCACUGCUGUCAGCUAAGCUCACCUAAGCAGUAUUUCUAGCACUGAGAGCAAAUACAGUUCUAGCCAGUUAGACUUAAUCAUGUAUAAACGUGACAUUGACACUUUGAAUUAUAUUUUUGGUGCUUGAGACAGUAUUGGGAAAUGAAGUGGUGCUGGCCUCUGAUCCUGUACACUGUUGCUCACUAAGCCAAGAACCUGGUAGAGAAGCCAGUUCAGUAAGUAAUUAGAUUAGACUAACUUAAAAACAACCAUACAUUUAGACAUUGCAAAUGCAAGUUAAAUAAAUGAAAAAAAUUCAUGAAUUUAUGAAAAAAAAAUGAAUAUUUUAAAUUAUUGUCAUCACCUCAGUCAAAGGGAAUUUAUUUUAAAAUGAAAAUCACCAGUUGUAGUAGUUGUCAUGCAGCUGGUGUCCCCACAGGAACAGUCUAAGGAUAACAAAUGGACAACAGUGUGCGUGUUGACAGCGGGACUGUGCUGCUGCCGUGUUUGUCCGGUCAGUCUGACAAACGUGUGGGACUCCUGACAAAAGGCUCGAUUACUAUAAACGCUGCAAUAGCUUCCUGUAACACGCUGUCGUCCAUCUGCGGUGCAUUCGGAGUGGUGGCUCUCUGGAUCAUUUCUGUAGAUCAGGUCCUUUAAACGCCGCCUUCACAGCUGAUGCGUUGUCAGACUCUUCCCGAAGCUCCAUUGGCUCACUUUUCCUUUGCAUUAGCUCUUCAAUACUGGCUUUUCUUUAUUGGCUCUGAAGUUAUGAUGACCCAGCCUAGUUCGGGGAAGGUUAUGUUAAAUCUGUUACAUCAGAAAAAAUGUCAAGAAUGGCUUUCUGACUCAACCUGUUUUGUGUAACAUGCCCGAUAACCUACAUGGCCUUUCUGAGGAGGUGCUGUCUUGUUUCUUAAAGGCAAAGCCCCUAAUUUCAAGCUGCCGUUAGUUGGGGCAAAGGAUCAAGUCCAGAAUACUAAGAGAAGCCAGCACAGACUCCUACUUCUAAUACAGCUCUCACAAUCAAUUCAUAUUUUUGGCAAGUACAUAUAUUAUGGCCAAUGAGAUAAAGAAGUCAUUUUGUGAAGCGCAUCAGGUCAUCUUCAGAUUUGUGCCUUGUUUCUUGUGAGACUUGCCUUUGCCUCUUCGGUGAGACACACUCUGGCUGACCAGGGUUUGAAGUCGACUCCUCUGUAGUUUAGGUUCCAAAGAGUUUCAGUAUUGCAUGUUAGGAGGCUGUUUACGGGUUUGUGCCAUUUUUAAACUGGCUUGAGGUGGUGGUCACUGCAUGUGUUCCUCAGGUAGUAACAGAGUUACCGUGGUGGUAAACAUGUCACAAACAUCCCUGUGUUACUGAAUCCAAACCAGAUUUCACUGUCCAACAAUACAGGUUGCACCUUCAAACCUCAGCAUUAAAUGUUACCAUUUGACCAGGCCAGUAUCACUAGGGGCAGCUCAGUGCAGAUGAAUUCUCUAUUUUUCAACAAAAUGCGCUAACUACAAACAUGUCAAUCACAAAAAUGUCACAGAUGUCAUGGUGAGUCACUCUGGGGAGAUCAGAGGCAGUCUGGCUUGUAUGGCGAGGGUUAAUUAACAGGGUCUAACAGAUGGGUAUUGUCAGAUGUAUUGGACAUUCUCGGUGAGGGGUUGGUCUCACUGAAGAGGUGUGGGGUAAACCAGUAAACAGUGGAAAUAAAUGACAGCAGCAUUAAAUGAUAGGGUGGUUGUUUUUAAGGUGAAACAAAUAAAAGUCUAUAUAUUUUUUUUAUUUUUUACUUUGUACAAACAUCCUGAUGUAAUUACCUCAACCAAAACCUAUUUUACUGUCGAAAAGUAAGAUUGUUGUAAAAUACAAUUAUUUUGUGUAGUGUAAAAUCUUACAGUUUUAUAAAAAGAAAAGCAAUGUUGUGUCAGAAACUGUUGGUAUAAAAUGUGGAUUUCAACUCCUUGGUUCAAAUGUUUGUGUUUGAGGGCAUUUUUUGGUUUGUAUUGCUGAACACAUGAUAAUACAGACGCUUCUGGAUCUGGUUGACUUGUCACAAUCCUUGAGAUUUGACUCAUGAUGAUGGAUCUGAGAGUUACCUCCUCACUGUUCAUUUCAAUUUCACUUUCUUAUCAUAGGGGAUUGAGGGGUUUGGAUGAUUAACGUGCCCUGCUUCUUCUCAAAUGCACAUGGAGUGUGUUUUUGGCAUCAUCCGUGGUAUUGGAGUAUAUUUGAAAUGCAUUUCUUUUAGUAAUCAUGUUAUAUCCUCUCCCACAGUUGUUGGUUGGCUCCUGUCAUGUAAAUAUUACUGAUUAAAUUAAUUUAAGUA